AUGGUUAUCAUGGUUUUGGCGGCAUUAUUCACCGAGAACUACAGGGAAAAGAGAUCGGAAGAGAGGCGUCUCUUCAGACGCAAGAAGCGAGAACAGGAGAAGCGUGAGCGUUUCAAGACCGGAGCAUCAGCCUGCAGAGAUAAAAACGGAAAUCUGGUUAUGGAUACACAGUCCACACCGGGCAUAUGGAGGGAACACUUCUGCUAUUUACUUGCUGGCGAUGACGCACACAAUUCCGACCCAGUAGAAGAUGACCCGAUACCGCCAAUCGACGAUAAUUUGGACGUUCCACCACCUAGCCAUGCCGAAGUCAGAGUUGCCAUUCAGCGGCUCAAGAAUAACAAAGCGGCUGGCGCUGACGGCUUGCCCGCUGAAUUGUUCAAGACUGGC